AUUGGAACCGAUCACGACAGUGUUUGUAUUUAUCCAACAGCUUGUAAUUUUUGGUAAUUUAGCCCAAAACACCGGAAUCGGACCCGGAGUCGUCCCCACCAAGGUGCGCCGCCGUUGACGUCAGUGCGGGAAUGGAGCCACGGCCCACUGGUGCACGUGUCCGCCGAGGGUUUCAGAGGCGCCGCUUCUCUCCACCGCUUCUGGAGGAGCGAUACUGCCGAUCCUUCUAUUCCUUCUCGCUCACGACACGUCUAAAUCCGGAACGUACCGGAUCCUGCUGUCGUCCCUGGUCUCUUGAGUGAUACAGCACGAGAGAGCGCGCGCGCGCGCAGAGAUGAGGGAGGCAUUUCUCGGCCUUGUAAUCUCCAUCUAUUGCUGCUGCUCUGCCAUCCAAAGGUCUUCAGCUACCGUCGUUUUGAAGCCCUCUUCCACCACCUCCUUCGAGGACCUUCCCGCCAAAUUCGCUGUCGACGUGGAUGAGACGGGCAUAUGCGGAGCGCUCGAGAUCGCUGAUCCCGCCGACGCUUGCUCUGCGCUGCGCGACGGCGUUCGGUCAAACGGAACCGAUUUGAUUAGGUUUGCGUUGAUCGUGAGGGGUAACUGCUCGUUCGAGGACAAGAUAGUGAGCGCUCAGACUGCCGGUUUCGGGGCGGUCAUUGUGUAUGAUGACCGCGAGAGGGCCGAUUUGGUGUACAUGAUGGUUAAUCCCAAGGGAAUCACGAUUCCUGCAGUUUUUGUUUCGAAUGAAGCUGGUCAGAGUCUAAAGGAGCAUGCCCAAGUGGGUACAGGGGAAUGCUGCAUUUAUGAAUCUUGUGUCAAAGCAGGCUGGACUGUGCUGGCUAUAUCGCUCAUCUCCCUCAUUGUCAUAUUUGGCUUAUUAGCUUUGGCCUUGUUUGUUCCAAGACCAUGGUUGUACUGGCGAGGAAGAACACAUCACAUUAAACAUGUAGAUGAUAAAAUCGUCGCAGAACUUCCCUACUUCACGUUCAAUUCUGCUCGAAGUAGUGACAAGUACACUAGGGAAGUUUGUGCCAUCUGUCUUGAGGAUUACAAAGAUGGAGAGAUCCUUAAAACCCUUCCUUGCCAACACGAAUUUCAUUCAGGCUGUGUGGAGUCUUGGCUGAAGAAGGGAGGAUUGUUCUGCCCUGUGUGCAAGCAUGAUGUGAGGACCAAGAGAGCAUGCCAUGAGACAAGGAGAGAAACUGGGCUUUAGAAUCAAGAAGGAAAAUGGCGAUUUGUUCUGCUAUUUGAAACAUCAGGUAUGAGAUGCAUCCUUAAAAAAAAAUCAUUGUUUAGAGUGUAUGGAUUGGCAGUGAACCUCGUUUCAUCGUCAGAUGGAGGACUUUGGGUGAAACACAAAAGCUCCCACCAUGACUAGGUCCCCCUAGUUUGCAUGUUGCCUUUUUCGUUUAUCUGACUGUGAAACAAGUUGAUUUGAGAUUAGUGGAUCCCAAACACUCAGACUGCAUUAGAGCACACGGGAAUUUACCGUGUGACGCCUUGCCCAACUCAUGUUAUUCAGCUAUGGUGUUACUUGUCUAUCAUUUCCAAUUUUUUUACUGCAUCCUUAUUCUCCAGGAUUACUUUAUAAAGGCUCGAAGUGGGUCGGUGCGCUCAACUUAUGGGAUCUCCUCUGGCUUCUCUUUGAAGAUGCUGUUACGAGUCGAAGCUUGGCAAUAUCGACAUCAGCAGCAGCAGAAAAGCCCCCUCAUGACCUUUGAGCCUAGCUGAAACAAUGAUCCUGUUCCUUCAAGUAAGGACCUUGUCAUGUCUAGUUCCCUGUAUAUAUAUCUGUUCAUAUUGUCGAUUGGAUAGAGCCUCAAAAGAUUUUUUACUACUACAGCCCCACAGGACUAUAUUCUUGUAAUAAUUGCCCCCGAAUAUUGUCGGACCGACAUUGCAAAGCGGGUGCUUAUGAAGACAAAGUGUAUGCAUCUGUGACAUGUUGUAAUUCCGGUUAACCUACGACUCGAAAAA